AUGAUGAAAUCGAUGAGAAAAGCAUGUGAGCAUGAUAUAGAGCUAAGUGACAGAGAGAGAGAACUACUAGCAAUUGGCUACAAAAAGGUGAUGACGACUAAGAGAGCUUCAUUGAGAACAUUCUUUUCCAUUGAAGAAAAGGAAGACUCCAAAGGAAACAAACAAAACGUGAAUUUGAUUAAUAAAAAAAUUGAGAUGGUUAAAGAUGAGUUUUUCAAUGUUUGUAAUGACAUUUUGUCUCUCAUUGAUUCUCAUCUCAUUCCAUCAACUAACAAUGUCGAGUCAACCGUUUAUUACUACACAAUGAAAGCAAAUUAUUUUCGAUACAUGGCAGAGUUUGGUUCUGAUGCUGAACGUGAAGGAGCUGCGAAUAAUUCUGUUGACGCAUAUAGGAUUGCAAUGGAAAUGGCAGAGAGUGGUUUAUCACCAACGAAUUUGGUUAGGCUUGGCUUGGCUUUGAACUUCUCGAUUUUCAGCUAUGAGAUCCUUAAAUCUACUGAAAGUGCGUGUAAGUUGGCUAAAAAGGCUUACGACAAUGCAAUCUCUGAACUUGACGGUGUUGACAAGCGAUCAUACGAAGAUGCCAUGUUUAUCGUAGAGAUACUUCGAGGCAAUCUUUCCGUGUGGACAGGCGGUAAUGACAUACUUAGAGAUAAUAGAGUUUUUUUUAUUGCCUAG